GCGGCUGCCCCCGCCCGUCUGCUCCCAACGCGCUUGCGCGGCGACGCCCGGCACCGGCCCGGCCCGGCCCUGAGGUGGCGGCUCGGAGCUUCCGCCGCGGGCCUGGGCGCUCGCCGAGAUGCCGCUGCUGAUUAACGGUGAGCGGAUCGACCUGGCGCGGCCCACGGGGGACAUGAUCCGCACCUACCCGCAUCUCGAGGAAAAGGCAAAACAACUAAGAAGUCAGCCCCCCCAGAUUGUGGAACCCAAAGGUCUUCUGUAUGUCCAGCAGAGAGAAUUUGCAGUGACCACACCUAAAGAUGGUUCUGUUUCCAUUCUUGGAUCCGAUGAUGCAACUACCUGCCACAUAGUCGUGCUUCGACACACAGGCAGUGGAGCUACGUGCUUGACACACUGUGAUGGCUCAGACACAGAAGCUGAGGUGUCCCUCAUCAUGAGUUCAGUAAAAUCUUUCUCUGAUACAGCAGGAUAUGGAAGGCUGGAAGUACACCUAGUUGGAGGUUUCAAUGAUGAUAGGCAGUUAUCACAAAAACUUACUAAUCAGCUUCUUAGAGCAUUCGAUCUCCAACCAGAUGAUGUUCACUUAGUGACUUUCUGUGUAACAGAACUAAAUGACAGAGAAGAAAAGGAUAUUCACUUUCCAAUCAUUUAUGGAAUAGCUGUAAAUGUUAAAACAGCAGAGAUCUUCCCUGCAACCUUCCCAGAAAAAGGGCCGGAUGAGGAUUUGCGUUCAGCCCACGUUUUAACAGGAGCAACACUGACUAACAUCUACGAUCCAAAGAUGGAACAACUACACAUUGGACCCUAUUUCUGGAGACCUUUCCCACAUGUGGAUUUCUGGUUGGAACAAGAUGAUAAACAAAUUCUACAGAAUCUUUCCACAUCACCCCUGGCUGAACCACCCCACUUUGUUUCCCACAUUAGAUCUACAUUAACAUUUUUAAAAGAACAUCCAUUUCCAUCUCACUCACUGUUUCCUGACAGGAAACCUCGUAUCUACAAAAAAAAUGAAGAAGGGUUGUGGGAACAGGUUUGUUCUGACAAGAUCUAACCUGGAACUGAACACCUCAACUGCUUUAGGGAAGUCUAGGCAUGCAAGGAGUGCAAUCUGUUGCAAAAAGCAUACUGCUGGUAUAGAAAUACUAUUGUUCCUGAACUUUUCAAAAUAAAAUAUUUUGACAGAAGUAA